AUGGCUUCAACAAGCCAUGAAGGAGAUCCCCCAGACCCAAAGAAAGAGUCUCAGCCGUCGGCGCAGUUUCCAUCGCCGUAUGGCCCCCAGUCCCCUUACCCGCCACCGCAGGUGACGUACUACCCGCCUCCGAUGGGUUACCCAGCCGGGCAAGUCCCCUAUGGUUACCCCCCACCCGACGGUAGGUACCCUCCUUACGCCGCUCAAGCACCGCCUCCUAUGUACAACACCCCGCCCUAUGCAGGACCUCAUCACCGCUCCGGCGCUACCUGCUUUCGUACCUUUAUCUUGUUCAUCUUAAUGCUCAUUUUGUGGUAUUUUGUUCUGGUCAUUCUAGCCUCCUCUAGUUACGACAAUGAUCCCUUUUACACAGUAGACUCCUUUUCGGUCUCCAAUUUCAGUACCUCAAAUUCGGCAUUGACAUGCAUUUGGGACACCAAGAUCAACGUAACCAACCCGAGUUCCGAUACCAACGUCAGUUACACCGAUUUUAUGGUGCACGUUCUUUACAAUGAUGAGGAGCUAAUUCAGAGCCAGGGGAAGUCAUUGGAAGUGGGAGAAGACCAAAUCCAACAAUUGGAAAUGAGCGCCGCUUAUAAUCCUGGGGUUCAGCCGCAGCUACCGAAUUCGACGGUGGAUGCGAUGGCCAAGGAUCGAGGCACCGGCUGGCUUAAGUUUUCGUUGGUAUUAACCGCGAAAGCCACCCACACUUACGAGUCCGCUUUGUUCGCAUGGUCGCUCAAGCAAACGAUUGCAGCCGAAUGCAGAGAUUUGAAAGUUCAGUUUGUGAAUAAUACUGGUAACGCCACCUUCAAUGACGAAGGAAAUCAUGUUCGAUGCCUCACGGUUCUGCAUUAUUGA